GUGUAACUGAUCCUCUCGUCUCACACCCCCCGCGCCCGAAGUUCCCCCAAUGCCGCCGCCGCCGCCGACCUCGCUCUCGCCGUCAUCCCCCACGCCUUCAACCGCAUCAUCCCCAUGCCCGCGCCAGAUCGCCGCCCUCGUGCUUAACCACCCGUCGUCCAACCUCACCACCGCAUCGGCCCGCUCCCUCUCGGCGUCCCUCCUCGCCGUCGCCCCGGCUCUCCCGACGCCUGUGGCCAACCGCGUCCUCAAGCUCCUCUGGCACCACGCGCCGCGCGCGCUCCUCUUCUUCCACUCGCUCCUCCACCUCCCCGCCCGCGCGCACGCCGUCUCCCCCUGCACCAUCGACCUCGCGCUCGACCUCUCCGCGCGCCUCCGCCACCCCCGCCAGCUCACCAACUCCAUCCUCGCGCUCUUCCCGCGCCUCCGCCUGCCCUUCACCCCGCGCACGUUCCCCAUCCUCUUCGAGCGCUUCGCCGCGUCGCAGCGCCGGCCUGACAUCGCCGUCCGCCUCUUCCUCUCGCUCCACCGCUCCCACCGCGUCGUGCAGGAUCUCCCCCUGUUCAACUCCCUCCUCGACGCGCUCGGGAAGUCGCGCCAUGCCAGCAAGGCCGCCUCCCUCGUCCGCUCUCUCGAGCGGCGCUUCCCCCCCGACGUUGUCACGUACAACACCCUCGCUGACGGAUGGUGCCGCGUCAAGGACACAUCCCGCGCGCUCGACUUGCUGCGGCAGAUGGCCGAGUCCGGCAUUACACCCACGAAGACAACCUAUAAUAUCAUCCUCAAAGGCUUCUUCCGUGCUGGGCAGAUACAGCACGCAUGGAACUUCUUCCUCCAAAUGAAGAAGAGGGGGGCCAAGGACGUGAGCUGUAAGCCGGACAUCGUAUCGUACACUACCAUCAUUCAUGGGUUGGGUGUUGCUGGGCAGCUAGACAAAGCUUGCAAACUGUUCGAUGAAAUGUCUAAAGAAGGUUGCACGCAGUCCGUGGCAACUUACAAUGCGCUUAUCCAGGUGAUAUGUAAGAAGGGGAAUGUGGAGGAGGCAGUCACAGUGUUUGAUGAUAUGGUUCGACAGGAUUACGUGCCAAAUGUGGUCACCUAUACCGUCUUGAUUCGAGGUCUCUGCCAUGCUGGGAAGAUUGACCGAGCUAUGAAGCUCAUGGAGAGAAUGAAAGAUGAAGGCUGUGAGCCAGUCGUUCAGACAUAUAAUGUUUUAAUAAGAUAUUCAUUUGAGGAAGGGGAGAUCGAGAAGGCCUUGUGUUUGUUUGAGAGGAUGAGUAAAGGAGAGGACUGCCUGCCUAACCAAGAUACGUACAAUAUCAUAAUAAGUGCAAUGUUUGUGCGCAAGAGGGCUGAGGACAUGGCAACGGCGGCGAGGAUGGUGAUGGAGAUGGUGGAGAGAGGCUACUUGCCUAGAAGGUUCAUGCUCAACCGUGUUCUGAAUGGGUUGAUGUUGACAGGGAAUCAGCAAAUUUCUAGAGAUCUGUUGAGAAUGCAAGAGAAAUAUAGACGCCUGCGACGAGAAAUAAGAUUGUGAUUGCCAUUUGAGUUCUACAAUGGCAUAAGGAUUCAAUGUUUUGCGCAUCUUGAGGCUUGGGUACAACCCUCGUGCCUAGCAGUUCAUACUUGAUACUCCUGUGGUGGUGUUCUGAUCAGUCUGAUGUUUCAGGGACACUUGAUUAUUGGUUUUGCGGGUGCUGGAUAUCUAGCAAAGCAGUGUUGUCUUUAUUGACCUGACUGUGUGAGCGAACAUACUGCCAGACGCCAAGAAGAACGUCUUGUCCCACCGAUGGAGUUGUUCAUGAACACAUGCUAGCCAACCCAGUGUUCUGAACAUCCGGCCGUGAGGACUGCCAAGUUUCUUCGACCACGUCUCGGAAUAUCUGCUCCCUUAGCCAGUGUGCCUCAAACUGGAGAACCGACUUGCCCAACGAUUCGCCACUUCCUCAUGCAAGCACAUAAGUAUUGGUCUAUGAUCCGAUUUGUUAUAAAGUGUUCCAGAAUAGCACUAGAGAACAUCAGAUUCCAUCCAUCAUUUAUCAGAACACGACCUAAUCUCUCUUUGAUCAAAGCUCUAUGCCACCUAAAUUUGUCCCCCGAUAAAACCAUGGUCAGAUAAGUUACUGUCUUCUCUAAAAGCCAUCGACAACACACCAUUCAAGGUGUCAACAAGUAUUAUGGUGUGUAUUCACAAAUGAACCGAUGGCCAAGUGACAUGGCACUCCAAGAGCUCAAAGUUUUGCUUAGUAUCGCUCUAUUUGUUGGUCAAAUGAUUAUUUUGCUCUGUUACGCAACCUGUUGAUCAUGUCAAUAUAUUCCUUUGCUAGUCCGUUUGGGUGUUCGCAUUGUACCACAAGAAAGAGGGCAAGUCACUGAAGAUGCUCAAUUGUUGGUGCAAGUUGAAUGGGCAAAGCAAGUGGAGCCACACUGCUAAUUCCAUCAAACCGCUGACGUCGGAGGGGAUGAAGUUGAUUAGUUGGACAAGGAAGACCGCGAAGAAGCGAGAAGAGGCGGCAUCCAAGAUGAUGGACAAGUUCAAGGACAUCAUGAAGGAGGAGGAGACAUAUCUCAAAUGCAACGAGCUUAAGAAGAGAAAAAAAGGCGGAGAAAAUUAUGCAAUCAUGGAAAUACUAAAGAAGAAGAUGGAGCUUGAGGAGAGGAAGCUUGCGGUCAAACAAACAUGCGAGGACCAAAUUUUCUUGUACGUGAAAGCCGGCAACUUGGAUCCUGAUGUGGUAAAGUUUGUUCAUGAAUCGUCUGGCGGCAUCUACGCACACUAUGCACAAAAGGGAGGUGGAAAAGAGGCCAAAAAUUGAGUCAUUCGCUUUUGCUAGUGGUUCGAUGGUUGUACAAUUUUUUGUUGAAGAUCUGAUGUUUUCACUGUUAGUUGCAUUUGUUUUUAAUUAUUUAAAUGUAUCAGUGAAUUGACAAAGAGAGAAGGCCUGGCAAAUGGAGAAAAUUGUGAGGGAUAGCAUUGAAUGAUGUCCGUCUGAUCGGAUGUUCGUAGACUUCUCUGUGAACAUUUGGUGAAGUAUAUUUGAUGAAGGCCAUUGAAGA